AUGAAUUUGACUCGUACUCGUGUUUCUUUAUUUAUUAAAUCUUUUUCUCCACGCGGUCUAACGUUCAAUGGCAGUCGUUGCAUAACCAAUAAGACAGAAGAUGUUUGCACCCAUACAGGACAAAAAUGGGACUCGGAUGAUUACAGGCUUGCUAGAUUUAUGAACUCCACAAAGCAUGUUAAUCAAAAUUGGGCAGUGAAAUUAAUUGCAGAAGUUCCACCCAAGGAAGUUACAACUAGAGUUGUGUGGUGCGAUGGGGGAAGUGGACCAGAAGGUCAUCCAAGAGUGUACAUCAAUUUGGACAAGCCAGGGGACCAUUCUUGUGGAUAUUGUGGACUACGAUUCAUAAAAAAAGCUGAUCAU